UGAUUACUUGUUGCAGGAUUGGGAACAAACGAGAAGUUGAUUAUAUCAAUUUUGGGUCACAGAAAUGCUGCUCAACGUAAAUUGAUUAGAGAGACUUAUGCUGAGACUUUUGGAGAAGAUCUCCUUAAAGAAUUGGACAGCGAACUUACCAAUGAUUUUGAGAAAUUGCUGGUAGUGUGGACACUAGAUCCUGCAGAGCGCAAUGCUCAUUUGGCUAAGGAAUCUACUAAGAGAUGGACAAAAAGCAACUUUGUUCUUGUGGAGAUAGCUUGUACCAGAUCUCCUAAAGAACUGGUUUUGGCAAGGGAAGCUUAUCAUGCUCGUUACAAGAAAUCUCUUGAAGAGGAUGUUGCUCAUCACACUACUGGGGAUCACCGCAAGCUUUUGGUACCUCUUGUGAGCUCCUACCAAUAUGGAGGAGACGAGGUGGACUUGCGCCUUGCUAAAGCAGAAGCUAAAGUUCUCCACGAGAAGAUCUCCGAUAAGGCUUAAAGUGAUGAUGAGGUCAUUAGAAUUUUGCCCACAAUCUUAAAUCUUUCACACAAUGGCCUUUCUGGCCGCAUUCCUGAAGAAUUUGAAAGUUCGAUGGGUUUGUGGGAUGUCGUCUUGUCAUACAAUGAGUUGGAAAGUGCAAUACCAACUAAUAAAGCUUUCAUGAAUGCCUCAUUAGAAGGUAAUAAAGGUCUUUGUGGCAAUGUAACUGGAUUCCAACCUUGCGAAAGGCCAUUCUCUAUGGUGAAGAAGCACUCAAUGACGAAGGAACAUAAACUCAUCCUCAUCACUGUACUUCCUAUUCUGGGAGCACUAGCGCUUCUCUGUGGUUUUGCUGGUGACAAAAGAAGCAGAGUUAGAGACGUUGAAAGACGGGAUUCCAUUGACAAAGAUGAUGGUUUGCUUUCGAUAUCCACGGUACAUGGAAGUUCAUUAUACUGGGAUAUCUUAAAAGCCACAGAGGAGUUUGAUGCAACAUUUUGCAUUGGGCAAGGAGGGUUCGGAAGCGUUUACAAGGUAAACCUUCCAUCAUUGGGGAAUGUAGCCGUGAAGCGACUUCAUUCCUCAUUUGAGAUUAAGCAUCGCAAAAGCUUCAUGAAUGAAGUAAGAGCGUUGACAGGGAUUAAGCAUCGGAACAUUGUGAGACUCUUUGGCUUUUGUUCGAAUGCUCAACACUCGUUCUUGGUUUAUGAGUACGUGGAGAGGGGGAGUUUGUCUACUAUUUUGAGCAACGAAGUAGAGUCCAAGAAAUUGGAUUGGCUUAAAAGGCUGAAUAUCAUCAAAGGCGUUGCUUUUGCUUUAUCUUACAUGCACCACGAUUGCUCACCCCCGAUUGUUCAUCGAGACAUAUCAAGCUGUAAUCUUUUGCUUGAUUCCGAAUUUGAAGCUCGCGUUUCUGAUUUUGGCAUAGCUAAGAUUCUCAAGCCAGACUCAUCCAUUUGUACCGCACUUGCAGGCACAUAUGGCUAUGUAGCACCAGAGCUUGCCUAUACAAUGAAGGUUACAGAAAUGUGUGACGUCUAUAGCUUUGGAGUAUUAGCAUUGGAGAUAAUCAAAGGAAAGCAUCUUGGUGAAUACCUUACUCUUCUAGCAAAUUCAUCGACAAGAGAUGUGCAGCUUAGCGAUUUGCUAUAUGAAUGCCUUUCACAUCCUGAAGAUGAAGUAAAAGAACUUAUGGUUUUCAUCAUCAAGCGAGCAAGCUCGUGUUUGCUUGAAAAUCCAAAAUCAAGGCCAACAAUGCACUUCAUCUCUCAUAUGUUAUCAAUGGAUCCACCAGUUCAUCAGAUUCCAUGAAGGUGAGCUUCCGAGAUGUAAGGUGGUCCUUGUAUGGAAAAGAUUAUGCUUGGCACCAAGUGGUUGUGAAUUGAAAAGUUUGUUGAUAAGAACUUUCACAGCAAAUUAUUGCUGGGACUAGCCUUUUCUGUAUUGUUUGGUUGCUUAUAUAGAUUAUUACUUAUUUCAAUCUGAAAGAUUCAGAGCCUUUGUCCUAGAUUAUAUACAAAUUACAUAUACUGUAGAAGGUAAUUGUUUAAUAUCCUUGUGCCAGUAAGUAAUAAAAGCAAGUUCCAUGCUCGCUAAGUA